UUCAAGAUCACUAACACUUCAUAUUGAAACUGCAAUACAAAGAUUUAAAGAUACUCAUAAAUUUUUCCAAAAAGAUGCCAAUACAGGCGAUAAGAAAGAUGUGAAUACAGGUAAUAAGAUCAAUAUAGCACAAAGUAAUACCAACGAUUCCUUGGAUGAUAAAAAUGAUGAAUUUAUGCUUUACAAAAUGACAGUUAGAACAUAUGAAGAGCCAAUUGUUUCUUCUAAACCUGAUGCGCACCUUGAAUCUGAAACAAUACAAUAUGAUAUGGUUGGAAUGUUUGUGAUGGCUGAUUUUUAUCAAUUGUCAAAUGGAUGA